CCUAGAACCAACCUAGAUUUUAGUUCCUAGAACCAUCCUAGAUUUUAGUUCCUAGAACCGUCCUAGAUUUUAGUUCCUAGAACCAUCCUAGAUUUUAGUUCCUAGAACCAUCCUAGAUUUUAGUUCCUAGAACCAUCCUAGAUUUUAGUUCCUAGAACCAACCUAGAUUUUAGUUCCUAGAACCAUCCUUCCCGUAGGAACCUUUUCAGAUUGCGUUCGCACAGCGCUCAGGAACCUUUUGGAGGCAGGCAUGACGAAGCCGCCUGCGACAGUGUGACGUGUUGAGAGCCGAAAUAACAACACCAAAAUGUAAGCAAACGGGGCUCAGGAGGCGACUGUGCUCAUCACCUGCUUUACAAGAAUACUUUUGAUGAGCGAUCAAAUCCCGGGUAUCACGUCGAGGCUGUUAGAGCAUGCAGAGAGAGUCGGGAGGUGAAGAUGUGUGUGUGUGUGUGUGUGUGUGUGUGUGUGUGUGUGUGUGUGUGUGUGUGUGUGUGUGUGUGUGCUCUGUCUUCUCCAUCCCCAGUGAGUCGUGGAGGAUGGCUGCUUAUACUGAGCCAGGAUACUCUGGAGGUUUCUUCCUGUUAAAAGGGAGUUUUCCUCUCCACUGUCGCUGCAUGCUUGCUUAGUAUGAGGAUUGCUGUAAAGACUCUGACACUAGUCAGUGACUCGAUGCGACCUGCUGGGUUCCUUAUUAGGUCUGAACGAUUUUAGGAAAAGAUGGAAUUACAAUUUUUCUAGCCGAAAUUAAGAUUUUGGUUCAAUUCACGAUUUUCUGCAAUCAAAGGCUGCAUGGUGGCGCAGUGGUUAGCACUGUUGCCUCGCAGCACGAAGGUCGCAGGUUCAAAACUCGCCUUUCUGCGUGGAGUUGCGUGUUCUCCCCAUGCAUGCGUGGGUUUCCUCCGGGUACUCCGGUUUCCCCCACACAUCACAACAUGCCCUACAGGUUAUAAAAAAAAAAAAAAAACUUGUACGUAGGGCUGAGCCAUAUCAUACCUUUCACGGUAAUACCGGUACAAUGCUGGGCAAUGAUAAGAAAAUGAAAUAUCGCGAUAGGAUAGAAUGGGUAAAAGGCGCUUGCGCAGUGCCUUUGUUUUCAUACGCUCAUACGCACAUGGCGGAAAAAGCAUGGCGACGACGGAGGAGAAGGGCGACAGCGGCUCGUUGAAUGAAACGGAAUUUGUUUUUAAAAAAGGUGCUACUUCAGUGGUGUGGAACUGGUUCGGUUUCCGCCCGUCAGAUACCCAACAAAGCACAAUUUUUUGUAGAACAUGCAAGCGGGCCGUUGUGGCAAAGGGAGGAAACACCACAAACUUAUUUCAUCAUUUGAAGCAGAAGCACUUUUUGGAGUACAACAAAGCUGUUAAAGCACGCGAAGAUGCGUCCCCUUCAACAAGUGUGGCGGUAAGACCAAAGAAGCUGGCCCAACAAACAAUCGGCACAGCUAUAAAUAGCUGCACCCCGUAUGACAAAAGUAGCAAACGCUGGGAAGAACUAACUAACGCAGUAACGCAUGGUUUAGCCAGGGAUAUGAUUCCCAUUCAGAGAGUGGAAAAGGAAGGUUUCACAAAGAUGCUUAAAACGUUUGAUUCACGCUACAAGCUGCCCACCAAGAAAUACUUCUCUAAAGUCGCUUUGCCUGCUUUAUAUGAAGAGGUUCGUACUGAGGUGGCAAACGCAUUAUCGUCUGUGGAGUUUUUGCGUCCACCACGGACCUGUGGUCAAGCCGAACAUCAGACCCCUACAUGAGCCUCACAAUACACUACGUGGACAAAGACUGGAAGCUAAAAAACAAGUGCCUUGAAACAAGUUUUUUCCCCGAGGACCAUACCGGGGAAAAUAUAGCCAAAGGCCUAAAAGAGUUCCUCAGCUCGUGGAAUCUUCAGGAGGAAAAACAGGUGUGUGUGGCGACAGACAGCGGGGCCAACGUUGUGAAGGCUGUCGCACUCAACAACCGGACCAGACUUUCAUGCUUCGGACAUCGCCUGCGCACUGCCAUAGAAAGAAGUGUGAAGGACCAAAGGAUUGAUCGAGCAGUUGGAGUGGGAAAGAAGAUUGUUGGUGCCUUUGGUCACAGCUGGAAGCGCCAGCGUGCUCUGCAGGCUGCCAAAAAGAACUGGGCCUACCAGAACACAAACAACUGAAUGUUGCACUCGUUGGGGCUCAAAGCAGAGAAUGAUCCAGCGACUGCUGGAACAAGAAAAGGCUAUAACACAGGUUUAAGCUGCUGAUAAAACCACAAGGCACCUCAUGUUGACAUGGCAAGACAUUCAGGUGCUUGACUCCAUCAGCGCUGCAUUGAGUCCACUUCUAGAGUUUACAGAUGCUUUUUCUGCUGAAGAGUAUGUGACCAUUUCAUGUGUUAAGCCUGUUCUUCAGAUGUUUAACAACGACCUGUUAAAAGUAAAAGAGAGUGACACACCGCUGACCAAAGACAUCAAAACAGCAAUACUCGACUACAUGAACAGAAGCUACAAAGACAGCGUCACAGAGAGGCUUAUUAACAUGGCUUCUCUACUUGAUCCACGUUUUCGCACAGAAUAUUUCAGUGAGAGUGAGAGCGAAGCCAUCAAAGUUCAGGUCAUGAGUGAACUAGAGCAUCUUGUGUCACACCAGGGUAGCACAGCCACAGGUGUUUCAGAAACACUUCCCACAUCUGCUGGAGACCAAACAAGUCAGGGAGCCGCUAAAAAGCCUAAAAAAAGUCUCGGGAGCUUUUUGAAGGGACCUGUUGGUGGCAAGACAGAUGUAACUGCAGAAAGGUUGCUAUCUGAACUGAGCAGUUAUGUGAACAGUCCACCAGCAGACGGUGAGUGUGAUCCGCUUUUGUGGUGGAAGGUUCACACGGUAAACUUUCCCAACAUCAGCAGAUUAGCUAGGAAGAACCUCUGCAUUCCAGCAACUAGCUCUGCAUCUGAAAGGUUGUUCAGUACAGGUGGAAAGGUUGUAACUUGUCUACGAUCCUCCCUUAAGCCCACAUCUGUGAACAUGUUGGUGUUUCUGACAAAAAAUCUUAAAACUUGAAAAGGGCACUUUAUCCAUGUUGUUUUUUUUAUGUAUUUUUUUUUUACUCAAGAGUUUGAGUUUUAUGUUGCAAAGCAACACUUUAAGUUAUGAGAUAUUACCAAUGGUUAUGCUCUGGAGGAUAUUCAGCCCAUUUGCACAAACAUUUUAAUAUAGUUUUGAUGCACAUAAAAAUUGCUGCUUAAAUGAAAAUAUAUUGGUGGGUUCUUUGCACUAAUAAAGUUGUUAAUUUGUAAA